GACGCUUGACAGGAAAGGUUAGUUGAUCAUGAAGACUUAACCACGGUUUGUUCCACUGUAAAGUGAAGUUUGUUUUGAAAAUUAAUCUCGCGGGAUAAAUCUUAUAUUAUCGGAGAACAUUUUGGAGUUAAAUAACGUGUGCGUUACAUCAACAAAAUACCAAGAGGAAGUGUUCAAACGUCUGUAAUGAUCGAAAUUAAACGGAAGUAGCUUUGCCUGACGAGUGUCUGGAUGCUUAAACCAACAGUCAUGGAGCUGGGCAAGCUAUGUGGGAAGAUGAAAAAACAGAGGAAGGCAGAGAUGACCGUUCCGACUGUCAGGAAAGGACUUGAGAUUUACUUCUACCUGCCUGAAACACACCAGCUCGAGUACUUCAAAGACUGCCACACUGCGGAGGACCUGUGCGUGGAGGCUGCCAAGAAAUGCCACAUCUCACCUUUGUGCCACAACCUGUUUGCACUGUAUGAAGAGAGCCAGGAUCUCUGGUAUGCUCCCAAUCAUGUGUUCAAGAUCACAGAGGAGACCAGCAUCAAACUCCACUACCGUAUGAGGUUUUAUUUCACAAACUGGCAUGGCACCAAUGAGACGGAGUCUCCUGUUUGGAGACACUCACUGAGUAAGAAAGGUGUUUUGAACUCUCAGAAGGGGCCUGAGGGGACACCUCUACUGGAUGCUGCAUCUCUUGACUACCUAUUUGCACAGGGCCAGUAUGACUUCCUGAGGGGACUGGCUCCUGUGCGCUCUCCCCAGAGCGAGACGGAGCUUCAUGAGAUAGAGAACGAGUGUUUGGGAAUGGCAGUUUUGGCUAUUACCCAUCAUGCCAAGGGCAAUGACCUGCCCUUAUCAGGAGCUGGAGCUGAGACCAGCUACAAGCGCUUCAUUCCGGACAGUCUUAACCGCACCAUUAAGCAGCGGAACUUUCUCACACGCAUACGCAUCAACAAUGUCUUCAAGAAUUUUCUCAAUGAGUUCAAUAGCAAGACCAUCCAGGACAGCAACAUUACCCUCUAUGACCUGAAGGUCAAGUAUCUUUCCACUUUGGAAACGCUGACCCAGGGCUUGGGUCAAGAGACUGUUGAGCCCAAAAGCCUGAAGGUAUCAGGCGAGAGUGAGGGCUCUCCGGCCCACACACUUCCCUUAGGGGAUGACGGACGGGGCUAUGAGGUGCAAGUAUCCGGGACCACUGGGAUCUCCUGGAGGAGAAAGUUUGUACCGAAUCUUCUGAUAGUGAAAGACAAACCCAAGUCUAAAAAGAACAAGGCUGACAACAAGCAGAAGACUGAAAAAAAGAAAGAAACCGGAUGGACAAUUUUCUCAGACUUUUAUGAAAUCACCCACAUUGUCAUUAAGGAGUCGUGUGUAACCAUUUACAGACAAGACAAUAAAACCAUGGAGUUGGAUCUGUUUUUUCGUGAUGCAGCCCUGUCCUUUGCUGCAAUGGUGGACGGUUACUUCAGAUUGACUGUAGAUGCCCAUCAUUACCUGUGCACUGAAGUCGCACCCUCAUCAGUUGUCCAGAAUUUAGAAAAUGGCUGUCAUGGGCCUAUCUGCACAGAGUAUGCAAUUCAUAAACUCCGUCAGGAGGGAAAUGAAGAAGGAACCUACAUCCUGCGCUGGAGCUGCACAGAUUAUAACUACAUCAUCAUGACUGUUGUCUGCAUUGAGAUGGACCUGUGUGAGUCCAGGCCGAUUCCCCAGUAUAAGAACUUCCAAAUUGAAACAAGCCCUCAGGGCUACAGACUGUUUGGGACCGAGACGUUCCGGCCCGCUCUAAAGGAGCUUCUGGAGCACUUGCAGGGCCAAAACCUGCGCACAGAGAACCUGCGCUUCCAGCUGCGCCGCUGCUGCCCACCACAACCCAGAGAAAUUUCCAACCUAUUAGUGAUGACCACAAACCGAGAGCCCGCUCCGCAGAGACAAAAUCAAGUCAGCCAGCUGAGUUUCCACCGCAUCCUUAAGGAAGAGAUUGUACAGGGGGAGCAUUUGGGUCGGGGCACAAGGACAAACAUCUAUGCUGGUGUUCUGAAGCUGAAGAGUGAGGAUGAUGAUGACAUGGGAGGAUACUCACAGGAGGUGAAAGUGGUGUUGAAAGUGCUGGGCUCAGGACACAGAGAUAUCUCUCUGGCUUUCUUUGAGACAGCUAGCAUGAUGCGUCAGAUCUCUCAUAAACACAUCGCACUGCUCUACGGAGUGUGUGUUCGCCACCAGGAGAAUAUCAUGGUCGAGGAGUUUGUUCAAUAUGGUCCUCUGGAUCUGUUCAUGCGCAGACAGACCACGACUCUCAGCACCGCAUGGAAGUUCCAGGUUGCCAAACAGUUGGCUAGCUCCCUCAGCUAUCUGGAGGAUAAGAAGCUGGUUCAUGGAUAUGUGUGCAGUAAGAACAUUCUGGUAGCUCGAGAUGGUCUGGAUGGAGAGGGAGGACCCUUCAUUAAACUGAGUGACCCCGGCAUACCCAUUACUGUCCUUAGCAGAGAAGAGUGUGUGGACAGGAUUCCUUGGAUUGCUCCCGAGUGUGUACAGGACACGGCUAAUCUGAGCGUAGCAGCGGAUAAGUGGGGCUUUGGGACAACUCUGUGGGAGAUCUGUUACAACGGAGAGAUACCUCUCAAAGACAAGAAGCUCACGGAGAAGGAAAGGUUUUACGCAGCACAGUGUCAGUUGGCAACCCCUGACUGCGAGGAGCUGGCCAAACUCAUGACCCACUGUAUGACCUACGACCCUCACCAGAGACCGUUCUUCAGGGCCAUUGUCAGGGACAUUGUCACGGUGGAGGAACAGAACCCAUCCAUUCAGCCUGUUCCCAUGCUAGAGGUGGACCCCACAGUGUUUGAGAAGAGGUUCCUCAAGAAGAUCCGAGACCUUGGAGAGGGUCAUUUUGGAAAGGUGGAGUUGUGCAGAUAUGACCCGCGGGGAGAUCGGACCGGAGAGCUGGUGGCCGUGAAGUCUCUAAAGCCAGAGAACCGAGAAGAGCAGAGCAGUAACCUGUGGUGUGAGAUUCACAUCCUGAGAGAACUUUACCACGAGAACAUUGUCAAAUAUAAGGGCAUUUGCAAUGAAGAGGGUGGGAGAUCCAUUAAGCUCAUAAUGGAGUUUUUACCGGCAGGCAGUCUGAAGGAAUACCUCCCCAGAAACAAAGCUCACAUAGACCUUAAAACCCUUCUCAACUAUUCUGUACAGAUCUGCCAGGGCAUGGACUACCUGGGCUCUCGCAACUACAUCCACAGAGACCUGGCAGCCCGGAAUGUUCUGGUGGAGAAUGAAAGCACGGUAAAGAUCGGAGACUUCGGCCUGACCAAAAGCAUUAAGGAUAAUGAGGGUUACUACACGGUGAAAGACGAUCUGGACAGUCCAGUGUUCUGGUAUGCUCCAGAGUGCCUGAUCCACUGCAAGUUCUACAGGGCGUCUGACGUCUGGUCUUUUGGAGUGACCAUGUAUGAGCUCCUCACGUACUGUGAUACCUCGUGCAGCCCUAUGUCGGUGUUCCUAAAGAUGAUUGGUCCAACACAGGGCCAGAUGACUGUUACCCGAUUGGUCAAAGUCCUGGAGGAGGGGAAGAGACUUCCAAAACCAGACGGCUGCUCAGAGAGGUUGUACAAUCUGAUGAGGAAAUGCUGGGAGGCGACACCUGAAAAAAGGAUCGACUUCAAAAGCCUGAUUGCCAACUUUCAGCAGAUGCUUGACAAUCAGUAACGGUGGAAAUAAGAUGGGAUACAGACUCCACCUCUUAUGCAAGAGACAAAAU